AUGUGGUUCGAGGAAAGUAGUUGGUCGAACCUUCGACUGACAGAUCUCGUCGAGGAAUGGCGAGAUCUGUGGCCCUCCAAGAUCGAGUUCAUCGUGUCAGCAAUGGCCUACCUUUUCGCCAUGACCAACUUCUUGAACCUGCCAAAACUGAUUCUGGAAAACGGAGGAUGUAAGUUGGAAUUGACAAAAGAUAGUUACGCGGUGAUAAUGGUUCGUUUUCAGUGGCCUUCGCGGCGGCGUACGCAGCAGUCGUCGGAGUUCUUUGCAUGCCAACAAUGGUCUUGGAGAUGUCGAUAGGGCAAGUGACCGGAAGAGCCCCCGUCCUUGCCUUCUACCAUCUGUUUCCCGUCUUCAAAGGUUUGGAUUUGAAUACUUUCAAUUUUAGUGAAUGAUGGUGUUGUCCAGGAAUUGGAGUCUCGCAAAUCCUGUUCACUCUCAUCGUGCUCGCCUGCAUGACGAAGUUCCUUUCGACGCUCUGUCUCUUCCUCUACUACUACUUCUGGACGUUCCAAGCCGGCCGUACCGGGCUCCCAUGGCUCAAUUGCAAAGCAUUUGCGGAAUUCGUGUCGCAGCCUUGCCGUGAAGCCGGAUCGAUUACGAACAUUACUCAGCUUAACAACAGGCUGAACACAAUUCAAGCGGAGAGUUCCAUGAUGCAGUUCUUAACGACUCUCGAGAGACCGAGCGAAUCCAUCGCCGAUUUCAAAGAAUUCCAGUAUCCGAUUCUCAUUGCUCAGGGAGCCGUUUGGGUCGCUGUUUUCAUUGCCAUUUGCUUCGGAGUCCGAUUCGUUGGCAAGACUGUCGCCUUCAUUCUGAUGCUCUCUUUCUCCGCUCUUCUCGUCUUCUUCCUCCGCUCUGCAACUCUAGGAGGAGUCACCGAGAUCCUCGAUAUCUACUGGAAGGCGACCGAUUGGGAGAGAUUGGCAGACUAUCAAGUGUGGAGACUCGCCGUCGAACAAGCGAUUCUCGGAACUGGAAUCGGGUUCGGAGCCUUCAUCACGAUGAGCAGCUACAUGAAAAGAAGCAACAACCUUGUCUGGUCAGUCUUUCCAUUUUCCGUUUUUUUUUCAAAUGUUCAAUUUUUCAGCGACUCGAUCUUCCUCUCCCUCUGGCAUCUCGUCAUUUCAUUCGUUCAGACGAUGUCAGUCAUAUGCAUCGUCGGAUAUCUCAGCAUGAAAUUGGGAAUUCAUCCGUCAGAGCUGCUGGAAACUGGCGAAGAUCAGAUGUGGUACAUGUUGGCGUACGUUUCGUAUCUUCCGAAACUCUGGUCUGGAGUGCUCCUCAUCAUUUGCAUCUGCACAAUGUUCUCCGUUAUUGUGAGCACAAAAUCUGGAUGCCCAGUUUAUAUAUUUUUCCGUUUUCAGACGAUCCUCGCCCUUUCUGUUCUGUCGACCGUGGAGGAUGCGCUCGGAGAGAACUGGUCCAAGUGCUGCCGUCGAUUCGUCCUCGCCCUGUUCCUCUGCUCAUUCUGCUACGGACUCACUUUGUACUUUGCCACGCAAGCGGGAAGACAUGCGUACGAACUGGCCACCAGAAGCAUAAAAUACAUCACCAUCUACAUCAUUCUCGCCGCGGAACUCUUCGCCACCGCCUGGUUCUACUGUGCUCAUAAACUCGGAAAGGACCUUCACAACAUGAUGAGAUCGCGAUGCUGCUCGUGUUUCGGACACUUCUUCCUCUAUUUCACCUACCUGCUCCCAGUUCUGCCAGCGGGAGUGGCUCUUCUGAAUGCCAUCGACUACAAAUUCGCCACCUUCUCGGCUCCGAUUCACGAAUGGAAGUUCUCCGAGUAUACCGGAAUCGCGAUUGCUCUCGUUCCGCUUCUUCCCAUCCCCCUCUACUUCUUCAUGACCGUUUUAUGCGCGUGCUGCUGCAAAGGAAAAGAUCAUCUGAAGACAUGCAAGGUAAUUUCUGAUCUUCAAGCGCACAGUCAAAUGGUACUUAUUGCAGAGAAUUCGUUCGGUGUUUGGCUCCCGCCUUCAGACGCAUCACCAGCGAACCGAAAAGUCUCAGCCGAUCCCGCGAUACACCUCCAAUGCUCCAGGAUAUCUGCUCCUCCCGCAGGCUCCACUUGCCGAGCCGGAGAUCUAUGCAUAG